AUGGCCGUGCUUGCCUCCAAUCCCAACAACCCCGUGGUCUUCUUCGAUGUCACCAUCGGCGGGCAGGAGGUUGGGCGCAUGAAGAUUGAGCUGUUUGCUGAUGUUGUACCCAAAACAGCUGAGAACUUCAGGCAAUUCUGUACAGGGGAAUUCAGGAAAGAUGGUGUGCCUAUAGGUUACAAAGGAAGCACUUUCCACAGGGUUAUAAAAGAUUUCAUGAUCCAAGGAGGUGACUUUGUAAAUGGAGAUGGCACUGGAGUAGCCAGUAUAUACAGAGGACCUUUUGCGGAUGAAAACUUCAAGCUGAAACACUCCGCACCUGGGCUGCUCUCCAUGGCAAACAGUGGCCCAAGUACCAAUGGCUGCCAGUUUUUCAUCACGUGUUCCAAGUGUGAUUGGUUGGAUGGCAAGCACGUCGUGUUUGGUAAAAUUGUCGAUGGGCUGUUGGUCAUGAGAAAAAUUGAAAAUGUGCCUACAGGUCCAAAUAACAAACCCAAGCUGCCAGUUGUGAUCUCUCAGUGUGGGGAAAUGUAAAGCAGAGAUUGUGUUCCUUCACCAGUGGUUAGGCCUCUGCUGGCCCCAAGCAGUUCCAGCUCCAGACAGUUCUCCCACUGCCCCAGCUCUCUCUGCCCGCCACAUCUCCACUCUUGACAUUCUCCUGAAAUGUUUUAAAUAGCUGACAUCUGUC